AUGGAAGCGGUUUGCGGAGAGGUGACGAGCCAAAUGCACCUCUGUCUCAGGCAGCUGGCGCCUCCUGAUCUCGAGAAAUUCGUUCUGUGGAAUGAUCGGAAUCUGUACGCGAAGGACGUUGGACGUGCGUACCUCACGGAUCGCGCACAGGUCCGACUGUUCAAUUCUUCGUCAUCUUUGGAAGAGCUUUACGCGUCUCUCAAGAUGCUCCACCUGGCCGACGAACAACGGUUACGACCUAAUUGGGAUCAGUACUUCAUGCAGCUUGCAUCCCUUGCUGCCCUGAGAAGCAACUGCAUGAAGCGACGAGUAGGUUGUGUGCUUGUUCGAGAUCAUCGCGUCAUUAGUACUGGUUACAAUGGCACACCGCGACACUUGAAGAACUGCAACGAAGGCGGAUGUCCACGAUGCAACCGCGGCGAAGGUGGUGGUGUUGGUCUGUCAACAUGCCUCUGCCUUCACGCCGAGGAAAACGCCCUCCUAGAAGCUGGACGAGAGCGUAUACGCGAAGGCGCUAUCCUUUACUGUGACACCUGCCCUUGCUUGACAUGUACCGUGAAAAUUGCGCAGGUUGGAAUCUCUGAAGUUGUGUAUUCGCAAGGCUACAAUAUGGAUCAAGAUGUGCGCACUCUGCUCCCUCCAUUUCCAACGGGACCGCUGACGAGAUUUAAGAGCGCUGCGAUUCUAGAGGCUGCAGGUAUCCGUCUUCGACGCUUCUCUCCUCCACGGAAUGGACUCAUAUAUCUUGAGGCAUCAGAGUCUACAACGCUCAGCCAGUGA